AUGGAGGCAGGUAACUCGACACCCCUAAACGACGUGCCGUGCCAGGAACCAGAGGAACGGGCGGAUGUGGAUGCACGUGCUCGCAUGGACGAACGCGCUGAAGCUGCUGACGUGGACGGGAUGGCUGAGAACGUGGCUUUGAUCGAUGAGAGUAUGGCUGACGCCUAUCUGGACGAUAAUGACCAUCUCGACGACGCGAGCGACGACGAUGGCGAUGACGGCGAUUCGGAUUUGUCAGCAGACGACGUUGGCGAUGCGGACGACGUUGGCGAAGAGGCAGGCGACAUAGAGGGUGGAGGGGGCGCCGUGGAGGGAGGGGGGCAGCCGAUCGAGAGACGGGGAGGUACGGCGGAGGAGGAGAAGGAAGAAGAAGCGGCGGAGGAACAAGAAGAGGAGGAGGAGGAUGAGGAUGAGGCGGAAGGCGAGGAACUGGAUGAGGAACAUCGCGGUAGGGUUGCUGACGACGAUGAUAUGAGCGUUCACUCGGAGGAGGAAGAGGAGGAAGGGGAGGAGGCGGGCGGGGAGGAGGCGGAGGGGGAGGGGGAGGGGGUAGGCGCGCGUGGGGGGGAUGGAGAAGCUCCGAGUCAAGGAGACGGGGGGACAGGCGGCGAUGGCGCCGAGAGGGCGGGCGGACUGGACGUGCGGACGGGCGGAGGAGUGGCGGAUGGGGGGAGGCGAGAGGCAGGAGGUGAAGAUGCGGAGGUAGAAGGAGAAGGGAGGAGAGGAGCGCGACCAGGCGGGCGUGUGGAGGAGGAGAAGGAAGCGACGGAAAGCGGUGAGCAAUCAGAGGCGGCAGGAGCGAAGGGCGGAACGGAGAGAGGAGAGGUUCCUGUAGCAGCGGAAGCACAUGGGACCGCAGCCGCGCCUGCAGAAGGAGAGACACAAGAAGCACGAGAGGGUGGUUCUGCGGGAGAGGUGCCCUCAGCAGGGGACGCUGGCAUAGCGGAGCAAAGGGCGCCCUCAGCAAAGGACGCGCCCGUAGCAGCCGCAAUGGAUCCCUCACCAGGGGAAGCAGCUGUAGCGGCAGAGGUGCCAGUGGCGUAUGUGAAGCGCAUGAUGCGCCUGGAUGGCGAGGUGCGGCAAGUUUCGUCCGAUGCCGCCCAGCUGGUGGCCUCCGCCGCCCACCUCUUCCUCGACAGCCUCGCUGCUGCCGCCUUGACCCGCACUCGCUCCGCACGCCGCCUGACCAUCACCCAGGCUGACGUGGCAGCUGCUGUGCGCUCAUCAGACAAGAUCAGGUGA